AUGCUAGUUGCCAUUAAGUUUAUCCUUGUCGCGACCUAUGUCGACGGGAAGAGAAUAGGUUUAGGAGUAUUACCUGAAGAUCAGGCUUAUGACCCAUGUUUAGGCACAGGUCCUACCAAGCUUAUACCUUGCGAAACAUUGGGUGUCCAAAUUGAAGUGCCUCUUGCUCCUAAACGCGGACGGCGCGACGCCGUCGCUUCCCAAGCCCCACCGAUAGGCGGUCCAUUGGCGACUCCCGUACGUCCGAAGUUGCAUGCUUUUGUGCAAUAUGAAUCCAUCAAUGUAGCUGAGAAAACAGCAAAACCCUCUCAAGCACGGGGAAGAAGGGACAUGAUGGAGAAGAACCCUGGGAAGAAGAAGAUGCUUCUAUAUCUGAGCAACGACCAGAGCAACAACUUGAGGAGUCUUUUGAGCAAUCUGAUGCUCACUUCCAAGGGAAUAUGGUGAGUGUUGUCUCAAUCUUAAAACUAAAAUGAUGCCAAAU